AUGCCCUCCAGUACGCAGCCAGAAGUGCUCAGUAUUGCCAUAAUUGGUAGUGGACCUGGCGGGCUCUCUGCUGGAAUCGCCCUUUCUCAACUACCUAAUGUCUAUGUGAGAAUAUUUGAGAAGGCGCCCGCGAUAUCAGAUCUCGGUGGAGGUAUCAGCAUCAACCACAAUGGCUGGAAAGUGCUAGAGUACCUUGGCGCCAGAAAAGCAGUUACCGGCGCAGCGACCGUUCCAACUGUACAGAGAAAUGCGUACACUGGAGAAGUCGUUGACCCCGGCUUCAAGCAUAACCCAAACGAUCUGUAUCAAGCUCGUAGGACCCGGAGGUCGCGUCUGCAGAAUGCCCUAUACACCGAAGUUCCGAAAAAUACAGUGCAUUUCAACAAAAAACUUGUAACCUUAGAGAACCUCGAGGAGAAAGGCGUGAGGUUAAUUUUUGCGGAUGGUUCUCAAACGACUGCGGAUAUCGUGGUUGGAGGAGAUGGAAUUCGUUCUGUUGUCAGACAGCAUAUAUACCCGGACUAUAAGAUUAAUUAUGUUGGUUCUGUAGGCUGGAGGACAUUGGUCCCUGUCUCGGCGAUCUCUCACAUCCCAGAUAUCUCGCUCACGGUGACCAAUUGGUGGCGUGGUGCUGGCUCUGCAAUCUAUAUGUCUCCUGUAGACGAACUUUCGAAUCUAGAACAUAUGGAAGUCUCGUGCCGUUCGGUUAACGAGCCCGAAGUUCCAGGGGAAACAGUCAGCUGGGGAAAACCAGUUGGUAACGAGAAGGUGUUAUCGCGUUUCCAGGACUAUUAUCCACCAAUGGUUGAAGUUCUUAAGCAAGUUCCCGAAGGUGGAUGGAAAGAAUUCUCUGGAUAUGCAGGGCCAUUUAUAGAGAACCUCACCGGUUGGGGUAAGCUGGUCCUUAUUGGGGAUGCAAGUCAUCCAUCAGGAGGCGGCUUCGGUUCCGGUUCGGCUUUCGCGAUGGAAGAUAGUUGGAUACUCGCUCGGACUAUCGAGUAUUCCCGUUCGAUUUCUGGAGGUGUCGCAGAUGCCUUGAGGAUAUACAAUUCAAUUAGAGCACCAUACUACAAAAAGAUGUUCGAAUUCCGCGAAACCCAACAGUUAUCUCUCAAGAAAUCAGGACAAAAAAGUCGAGAGGGUUUCAAUGAAAGAUUGCGAGAGUUGAUGUCGAAGGACGGACUGGGAGGAAGACGAUCUUCAGAGUUUUUAGAAUUUGUCUAUGGAAGUGAUGUCAAGAAAGUUUGGGAGGAAUAUCUUGAAAAGGAGAACGGAUCACGGAGCGGUAAGCUCUCUUCAUAA